AUGGGCUCGGAUAAAGAUGGACCACGUGUCAAUAAAGAGGAAGUUCCUCGAGUGGGCCGAAAUGCUGAAGGGAAGAAACCAAAUUCCUCAAGGAGUGAGGGUCCAUCGUUAAUGGAGUUGAGUGGUUAUAACUGCAAGAGGCAGGAGUUUGAUCCUGAAUAUGACAAUGAUGCUGAGCAGUUGGUAGCUGAGAUGGAAUUCAAUGAUACUGAAACCAAGGAAGAGCGUGAGCUGAAAUUGCGAGUGCUGCAUAUAUAUUUAAAGCGGCUUGACGAGAGAAAGCGCAGAAUGGAUUUCAUAUUAGAAAGAAAUCUGCAGCAUCCAAGUCCUUUUGAAAUGGACUUGACUCCAGAAGAGAGAGCAUUAUGUCGGCCUUUUGACAGAUUCAUGAGAUUUCAUUCCAAGGAAGAGCAUGAGGAAUUGCUUCAGGCUGUUGUUGAGGAGCACCGAACACUGAAAAGGAUCGAAGAGCUGAACGAAGCCAAUGCCGCUGGUUGCCGCACAACAGCCGAGGCAGACAGGUAUCUCGAGCAGAAGAGAAAAAAGAAAGCUGAGGAAAGUUCCAAGAGGCUAAAACACAAUGCUCAGAUUGGUCCUAGCAAUCAGGGGAAUCACAUUGCAUUCAUACCUUCAGAGUCUGUUGGGAAGGAUUCAAGCGCGAGACCUGCAGGACAGGGCUCUUGUAGCUAUGCCAGUGAUUUGGACAUAACAGGCUUUUAUGAAACGCAGCUACUUUCUGAAACUGAAAAACGACUAUGCAGCGAGAUUCAUCUUCCUCCGCCUGACUACCUCAAGAUGCAGAUGGUGAUGACCAAUGAGAUCUUCAGCGGUAAAAUCAGCAAGCGAUCGGAUGCUCACCCCUUGUUCAGUAUUGAAGCAAGCAAAGUUGAUAGGGUGUAUGAUAUGCUUGUGAAGAAGGGGAUCUUCAGCGGUACUCGUGAGCAUACUGAGAUACGAAACGAUAUGAGUUCUUCUUGUGACAAUUCUCACUCUAAUGAUGAAGACCCUACUCAGAGGUUUGUGUUUUUAAAGUUGUCUGAUUUCUUGGUUUGUGGUACAAUUUUUGACUUGUUUGGUUUGCUGCUUUUGUUUGAGUUGCUUGUGUGUGUCUUUCAUAAUGUUAGUGAGAUGGAAGAUGGAAAUGCAUUUGAAAUAUCAAGACAGAAGAAGAAUGCUGCAAGUAAAGAGGUUUCAGAAUCUUCGUCGGCAGGUCAAGGAAGUAGUAGUCAUGGGAAAAAGGCAUUAUACCAUUGCAACUUCUGCAACAAAGAUAUAACAGGGAAGAUCCGUGUCAAAUGUGCUGAAUGCCUUGAUUUUGACCUAUGUGUAGAGUGUUUCUCCGAAGGAGAAGAGGUUCCACCUCAUAAAAGUAAUCACCCUUACAUGGUUAUGGUUUAUGGUCUCGAUUCAGGAAGAAAUGCUGCUUCUAGAGGUGUUGGACUUGAAAUGUUUGGAUUUGGGAACUGGGAGGAAGUUGCUGUGCAUGUGAACACAAAGAGUAAAGAAACAUGUAUUGAACACUAUAAUAGUGUAUACAUGCAAUCCCCGUGCUUCCCUCUCCCGGACAUGUCUACUGUUUUUGGGAAAAAUAGAAAGGAGCUUCUUGCUACGGCCGAGGAACAUAGUAAUACAGAUCAAAAUUUUGAAAAUCAUGAUGGUGACCCGGCAAACAUAGGUGCCAGUGUUGCAGAUAAUAGCGCUGAUGUGGAAUGA